CUUACUCAAACACUCUACACAUUUGCUCAUUCAGCAAAAAGGAAUGCAAUAGGCUAUAGAGUAAUCACGUUUUCUCAAGAAAGAGUAUUGCUGUAAUCAUAUGGAUUUGCGUAAUACAGUUAAAAGCAGCAGAACAGAAGCGGUGGCCGUCAUAGUUAAUGUGUGACUGGCAGGUGGACCUGAGGGUGCCAGGCGAUUGGAUUAGAGGCUGUAAGUGCUAUACACACUUCUGAACUUGGGAGUUUCUGUACAGCGUGCAUAUCUGUCUAACUGUGACAGCCGACAGAAGCACAAGCACUUGAGUGCAAGGAUGUCACACGCAACGGACGUCAUCAGUUUCCCGGAGAUGAUCAGGUGGAAACGGGACGGUGGUCAGCUGAGCGCAGAGGAGAUCCACGCCUUUAUAGAGGGAGUCAAAUCACACACCAUUCAGGAGAGUCAAAUAGGUGCAAUGCUUAUGGCUAUAUGGCAGAAGAGCAUGGUUCCAGAGGAAACCAUGAUGCUGACGAAGGAGAUGAUGAUGUCUGGUGAAGUUUUGCACUGGCCUGAGGAAUGGGGGGGGCUUGUGGUGGAUAAACACUCCACAGGAGGGGUCGGGGACAAGGUCAGCCUUCCACUGGCUCCUGCUUUGGCUGCUUGUGGUUGCAAGGUCCCUAUGAUAAGCGGACGCGGACUGGCUCACACUGGAGGCACACUGGACAAACUGGAGUCCAUCCCAGGUUUCAAUGUCCAGAUGUCAGUAGAACAGGUGAAGCAGAUACUCCAGGAUGUAGGCUGUUGCAUUGUGGGUCAGACAGAGACUCUGGUACCUGCUGAUCGUGUCCUCUAUGCUCUCAGGGACAUCACCGCUACGGUGGACAGUAUCCCGCUUAUCACAGCUUCAAUAAUGUCAAAGAAGGCAGCUGAAGGUCUAAGAGCACUCGUGUUAGAUGUGAAGUUUGGUAAGGCUGCUCUCUGUAAGGACCUGAACAGCGCUCGGGAACUUGCCCAGUCACUGGUUACAGUGGGAAACAGUUUGGAUAUAAAAACAGGGGCGGUGUUAAGCCGGAUGGACUCUCCUAUUGGCCGGUGUGUGGGAAAUACUUUAGAGGUAUAUGAAUCUUUGGAAUGCCUCAAAGGGCGUGGGCCUGAUGACCUGAAGAACCUCGUAACGUCACUGGGUGGCUACCUGCUGCAGAUGAGCGGCCGAUCAGCUACUUUAGAGGCAGGACAGAAAGCAAUCAGUGAUGUCCUGAUGAAUGGAAAGGCUUUGCAAAAGUUUCAGGCCAUGCUGGAGGCCCAAGGUGUGACUGCACAUAUAAGCCAAUCCCUCUGCUCAGAAAGGGCUGAAUACUUUACGCAUCUAAAGUGCGCACAGUACCAGACAGAGCUUGAGGCAUUGGAUGAAGGCACAGUUUUGGGGAUAGAUGGUAUGGCUAUAGCCAUAGUGUUGCACAAGUUAGGAGCAGGCCGUAUUAAAGCUGGCCAGCCAAUCAACCACAGUGUAGGAGCAGAGCUACUGGUAGACCUGGGGCAACAGAUAAAGAAAGGUCAGGCCUGGAUCAGGAUCCAUCAUGAUGGCGCAACAUUGAGCUCAAAGCAGCACGCUGACCUGCAGGAGGCUUUGGCCCUUGGCAGUGAAGAUGAUUAUCAGGACAGUGCUCGAGUGGCAGAGUUCAUCAUAGCACACUGAUGUCUCAUCUGGCACAGCUGUCUGAACCUGGUGCAAGCACCGUGCACUUUUUCAGAUGAACUUAUAUUUAUAUAGUGGAAUACAUUGCAUGAGAAUUCACCUCCCUUCAAUGUUUCUACAUUUUUACUGGAACAUAAUUUGGCCUAAUUGGGAUUACACUUUAUUAAUCUACAAAACAUAAAGCAUUAUAAAUAAUAUUGAAAUGUGAGAAAUACAUCUAAAUAAUUUUUAAUUUUAUUUACAAAUACAUUUUUUUACAUUUUUUAUUUACAUACUGUAAAUAGCUGAAUGUUGCUUAUCUGUGACCAAUGAAAGUAAAGUCACAUGAUCUCAAUAUGAAUACACUGGUCCCUGGAAUGUUCGAGACUGAAGUUCUACAAACAGCGUUAACCAACAAGGCCAGGACAAAGUUAUGGAAAAAUAUUAUUUGGUUGGAAUUGGCUAUAGAAAAAAAUCCUAAACUAAAGAACACCAUUAAAUGCAUUAUAAAUAAGAUUCUACCUAGAGGAGUCUCUCUGCCAGGACUUCAGUCAGAGAUUUAAUCAAGAGGCUGAUGUUAAUGUUCAGUUCAUGAUACUACAACCACCAUGAUUUGCCGUGGGAUGAUGAUAAUCCGUACUUGAGUUUUGUGUUGUAGCACUACAAAAGUCCAAAAUGAGUGAGGUCAAUAUGAACACAAGGCACUGUACAUAAUUGAACACCACCAUUCAUAAGAUUAAAACACCUAAGCACUUUUUGUUCUAUAAGACCUUUUCUUGGGGUAUAUUUGGUGGUGUUAAUGGUGUAAUGUUGUUACGUCCAAUAAUGAAACCGGCUGCAGACAUAAUCAAGGAAAAAGUGCAAAACCUAAGAUAUGAUUAUGGAUAUGUUGUUCAGGAUGGCAUAUUGGCUUAGUGGUUAGGACUGUCGCCGUGCAUCUCCAGGGUCCGAGUUCGAUUCCCGCCCAUGUUCUCCCUGUGUUUGGUGAGUUUGCUCUGGGUACUCCGGUUUCCUCCCACAUUCCAAAGACAGGCAGAUUAGGCUAAUUGCCAUUCUCAAAUUGCUCGUAGUGUGUAUGUGUCCUGUGAUGGCUUGGCACCCUGUCCAGGGUGUACCCCGCCUCGUGCACUGGGAUAGGCUCCAGGCCCCCCGUGACACUGUAUUCAGGAUUAAGUGGUAUAGAUGACAAAAAAAAAAAACACCUGCCCAUCAAUUUGACUGAUGGUACUUCUACUUAGUAAACCAGUGUAAAAUGUAAAAACAAGAAUAAUCCUAAAAAGUCUAAAAAUAAAAAUAAAAAAAAAUAAAAAAGGAUUUAAAUUAGGAAUAUUAAAAAAAGUUUAUGGGAAGAAGUAUGAUUACAAUUUUAUGAUUUUUUUUUACAUAAAUGUGGUUAAUUUAAUUAACUGACUUCUCAGAGCUUAAAAACGAAGGUGUGGAUUCUCUGUAUAAUUUUUUACCCAGUGAUUAUUAGAGCCUGAUGAGUGUGUUUUUUCUUCAUAGGAACAGUAGACUGACUUAUUACAGCAACAGAUUAAUUUAAUCCUAUUCAUAAUUUACCUUUAUUUUACUGUCUGAACAUGUUAAUAUGACUUAUGGUGAAUAGACUUAAGAGAUAAUGAAAUCUGUGAUUGUCUACACAGUGAUUGUCUCCUUUUGUGUCAGACAUGAGUUGUAUGUGCUUACUGAUAGACUAGUAACUCAAAAAUAAACAUCUUCAAUUUAAUUAAUCAUUUUCAGCACUAAGGAGUUCUAAGGAAAUACGCAUUUAACUGAAAAUGUGUUUCAUCUAAGGCAACAAUUCCUUCCUUCCAAUAUCUUUCUAGUUUUAUUUUGCUUUUCAACAAGUAAAAAAACUAAGUAUUGUAAUAGGAUUGUGUUUUUCAGCACAGUAUUAGCAAUCACAAGAUAUGAUUAACAUUUUUCAUUUAGCAUUCAUUCUAACAGCCUUGUAACAUUGUAAAAGUCCUCAUUAAGGAUGUUAUAAUGAUUUAAUAGUUAAUAUAUCCAACAAUUAUAAUUAAUUAAACUAUUAUAAAUAAUUAAACUAUAAUUCUUGUAGUCUGUGUCACAGGGUUGUCAUUUUAAAUUGACCUUAGUAUUCAACAGCACAAUAACACUGAAACGAAAGUAAAAAAAAGUCACUUUUCUUGAGAGUGAUCUUCAGGGAAUUCAGAUGAUGCAGCUUCCUUUUAAACUUCUGACAUGUUGAAUACAUUUCUUAGGCAACAGUGUGAAGUGAAGGUUACUAAUGUGAUUCAUUGGUUUUAACCUAUAAUGACUGAUGGACAGGGGUGUUUAAAGGAGCAGCUGUUAAAUAGAUUCACACAUUUGUGCA